GCGCGCGCCCGCCCGCCCGCCCGCCCGCGCGCGCGGCCCAGGUGGCGGUCCACAGCUCCAGGUGGCGGUGGCCCCGCGGCGGCUUUGCCUUCGGAGUCGGUGGCGGCCUCGUGAUCGGAACGAAAUGGAAGAAAAAGAGCGAUGUGACCAAAUCCCUUCGCUCCUCCCGCAUUGAGGCCUAGUUGGCAUUUGCAGAGAGGAAAAAGACAUCAAGAAAAUCGAGUUUGUUUGUUUGUUUGUUUGGAAAGGGGGGGCGGGAGAGGGGCUGUGCAAAAGGGCAAACAACGUCGUACGUUUUAUAUGAUUUUUAAAAAAUUCUGCACUUUGACAGGGCUGGCAAUAUAAACUAAAGUUAUUUUUCUAUUGAGAAGAGGUGGAUUUUUUUUUCCCUCCCCCUUUUGAUCGCAAGCAGCCGUUUCUCCCAGUGACAAAGCAUAAAUUAUGGACACCAGAAAAUAAGGUGGACCUCAGGAAUCCUGAAAAGACAGCAGUGUACAUCUUCCUCUGGAGGAAGAGGGGGGUGUUUUCAGCCCUCUCUGGACCCUCAAACGAAAAAAACAACAAAAAACAUGAGUUGCAUGCCAUGGAAAGGAGACAAGGCCAAAUCUGAAUCCUUGGAGCUGCCCCAGGGGACACCCCCCCAAAUCUACCAUGAGAAACAGCGCCGCGAGCUCUGUGCCCUCCACGCCCUCAACAACGUCUUCCAGGACAGCACCGCCUUCACGCGGGAAACGCUGCAGGAGAUUUUCCAGAGAUUGUCUCCAAACACCAUGGUGACACCCCACAAGAAGAGCAUGCUGGGAAAUGGAAACUACGAUGUGAAUGUCAUCAUGGCAGCACUUCAAACCAAAGGCUAUGAAGCUGUUUGGUGGGACAAGCGCAGGGAUGUUGGUGUCAUUGCCCUCACUAAUGUCAUGGGCUUCAUCAUGAACCUGCCCUCCAGCCUGUGCUGGGGUCCACUCAAGUUGCCUCUCAAAAGGCAGCACUGGAUCUGUGUUCGAGAGGUGGGAGGAGCAUACUACAACCUCGACUCCAAACUCAAGAUGCCAGAAUGGAUUGGAGGCGAGAGUGAGCUCAGGAAAUUUCUAAAACAUCAUUUGCGAGGGAAGAACUGUGAACUCCUGCUGGUGGUACCAGAAGAGGUAGAAGCCCAUCAGAGUUGGAGGGCUGAUGUGUAGUCCGGUUCUACCCAGCCUGGCUCUUGCCUCAAUCUUCAGCCCUCUGUGAUGUGGGGUGGCCUGUAAGUGGGUCUGCCCUGACUAGUUCCCCAAACAUCUCAUCGAGUUUCCCCUUCAGAUUUGCCAGUGCAGUAGGACAGAUGUGUGGACUGUUCUAAGAACCACCCAGUUUUGUCUGUGCCUGGGAAGGAAGGUAGGAGCUCGGAGCACUUAGGGAAAGCCAUUGAAAGAGAGCUUUUGUUCUGUUUCUGAGAGGCUAGGUGAGCCUUGCAGAUUUUUUCUUUUGUGAGAGCUUGAUGGAGGUUCUGCUCCAGGUGUCACUGCUGCUUCAGGCUCACGGAGGCCUCUUGCCUCCCCUGUGGCACGUGGGUCUGAAGACCCUGAGAACCCAGUGACUGGCUCAAAGGACCUAGAGCAUAGUAAGUGUCUCAGGAAACUGUCUCCAAAACCCAGCAGUGGCACUUCAUGCCACCUGCGACCUGUAACGCCACCUUCAUCCCAUUCUCUCUCCCAGCUGGCGCUCUACACUUGAGCCAUGCCUCCAGUCCAUUCCCUCACCCCAUUUUAGAGAGUGGUUUAUAGUCACCUUGGAGUUUUAUGAGGAAUUCUCUGGUAUUUCAAGCAAGCAUUCUAGCAAGGCAAAGGUGGGAGUUGCCAAAGGGAGUGUGGCCAGAGCUGUACAGGACAGUUUUGUCCCUAUUAUGUCACUACAUUGGGUAGAAUGCUCUCUGGGCCAAAAGACAAGGAGACAAUUUUUCCAGUUGGCCCAUUCUGGCAAAACCCCAAUAAAUGCCACUAAUUGGGCUAGAGUUGGGUGAGAAAAGUGGUGUUAAAUUCUGUGUUUAUGAGUAGCUAGAUACAAGUCCCGGGCUCAGAGGCCAUGACUGACAAACAGUCAUGGAGGUUAGUUAGGUACGUCAUGUUGUGUCCUUUUUGGUCAGCUUAGGACCAGCUCACCCCUACCUCUUGAGAUAGUUGUAAGCCACCCUUCUCCUCUAACUUUGGAAAACAUGACAGUGGAAAUACGCAUCCUACCACUUGUCAUCGCAGCGGCUGUGGGUGCAAGGCAGGUGGGGAUGCAGGGGUGGGCAGGCCAACCCUUGCAGAUGAGUGGUCUUGGCGAGUCUGAGAGCUGCCCCACUGGCCAGACUUCUCUCCAGCAGCAGAGCCAGCCUGGGCCUGCAUGUUGGUUCUGAGCAAGCUUAGUGGGGGGAAGCUGAGGCUCCCUUCCCGUGACUGGAGUGCAUGUUUACACCAGCACUUUUUCUGCACAUGUAUCUUCAAUCCAAGGCUGUUUUUUAUGCCAAAUUGUUUAACAAGAGGCCCAAGCAGCUACUCGUUAUGCUCUCUCAGCAGCUGGCUGAAGUCUCUUCUGCUCCCUUUUCUACCCGACCUGCUUGGCACCACAGGGAGCUCUACCCCUGCACAAUGACAUUCCAACACCACCAGCCACAAGUUACAGCCAACACUGCUGAUUGUCACAAGCAGGACCUUGGGUCCAUUGGCACUGUCAGUGAUAGUAAGCCAUUUCCUGGGAAGAGGAGGAAGCUCCUCUCCACAAACUGCUUGGGCCUGUGCAAACGGCACUUCAGAGGACUCCUGUGCACGCAGAGUCCAGGAGCCAAUGGAUAUGCAAAGACGCUUCAACAUUUCAGGGCUGGUUUCUCUGUUCAUAUCCAAUUCUGGUGCUUAGGACAGGGACCCAUACUGAUGCCCAAGGGCAAAAAGCCCCACUUCCUUUAAAGAAGUGGGUAGGUCUGACCCUGAUGCCCAGUAAGGGCAACCCUAGGCUUUGUUUUUCUUGCUUUUAUUCCCCUUUUUUGUUGGCCUUGUGCUGGGUUUGUUUACAAAGAUGUAUUUUGUUUAACCAAAUAUUAAAAAAGAAAAUCUCUCCUUG